AGAAAAGAAAACCUCACUGUGUAUAUAUCCAGAUACUUUGAUGUGGGGGGAACACAAAGCAGCAACGAUGGGUGUUUUCUUUGGCUUGUGGUUCUCCAGUGCCAUUUUUCUCUUUGGGAUUCCUAGAGAUCGAUGUGCAGAUAUAAUUGGAGGGAAAGAAUCGAAACCACACUCAAGACCUUAUAUGGCCUUAAUCAAAGGAGGCCAGAUCUGUGGAGGAACGUUGAUCAGACCCAGCUGGGUGUUAACAGCAGCCCAUUGUCAGCAGAAAACUUCCACAGUUGUUCUUGGAGCUCAUUCAUCUGCUAAACGUGAGGAUACCCAGCAGACAUUUAGGGUUGUUAGACAAAUUGCUCACCCAUGCUAUGAUGAGACGACAAAAGAACAUGACCUUAUGCUUCUGCAGCUUAAUGGAACAGCAAAGAUGAACAAAGAUGUGAGAACCAUUAAGCUUACCAAAAAGGGCGGUGAUCUCAAGGCAGGAACCAAGUGUCAAGUAGCUGGAUGGGGAAUUACUCAAAACGGACAGAAGAAGCCAUCUGAUACACUGCGUGAAGUUGACGUCACCGUCAUUGACAGAAAAAUAUGCAAUGAUGGCUAUAAUUAUCAUCCUGUUGUGACAAUGAAUAUGGUGUGCGCUGGAGACAAGAAUGGAGGAAAGGAUGCGUGCAUAUCACUGGAGGAACAGAAUGGUGAUGUCAUAAUCAUGCCAGCUAAUGGUCAACCUGACGAUAUAGUUGAAUGGAUAGAAGAAGGUCGCCCUUUAGGAUCUUAUAUGGCUGCACUCAUGAAAGGAAAUAGUGUGUCAUGUGGAGGAACUUUGAUAAAAGAGAACUGGGUGUUAACAGCAGCCCAUUGUUUUCCGGAUGAAAAAACAUACCUGAUUUUUGGAGGCUAUUCACGAAGUAAAAUGGAGCACGGAAAACACAAGGCUAACAUUACCAAAACAUUUUCUUACCCAGGAUUUAAUCCAAAGACAUUUGAAAAUGACAUUAUGCUUUUGCAGGGUGACUCUGGUAGUCCUUUAAUAUGCCACGGGGAACAAACUGGAAUCCUCUCAUUUGUUAAAAAAUGUGAAAGUCACCGAUAUCCUGGCGUCUAUGCUCGACUCACAUCCAACCACCUCUCCUGGAUAGACACAGUCAUGAACAAUGGCACUAGCUGAUCACAUGACUUUAUGAUACUCAUUUUUUAUAUUCAUUGAUGAAGCUUU